UUUAUUUUUUAUUCCCAAUUUUUCUUUGUAAAAAGAAAUCAGUACAGUAUUUUAUAAUUAAUUACACCCUGCAGAGAAAUUGGAGCGGCGGUGCGCGGCAAUGACAAAACAAAACAAAGGCAUGUGAGGCCAAUCACCACCAUACACGACGAAUUAAAUGUUUGACUGAAUUGACAAAAACACCCCUAACGCCACACCGACGCGAUUUCAGAAAACGCAUCGUUGCCCACAUGUCUAUCCUCCAUUAUUUAGCGCGGUCAUCGGUCUGUGGUCACGGUAAAUCCAGUGGAACAACAGGGAUAUAAUCGUCUAGACAUAAAAUUGUCUUUUCGCCCUCUCCACCUCCAUUAAAAUGCUUUUUUGGCUGCACCUGGGCUGUCCUAAUUUUUCCUGGAAUUCAAUUUUUUUAGCUGUCAAAUUUUAAUUUUUUCCUUCUUCUUGAUCUUUGGUCUGUUUAAUUUUUUUUUUUUGUCAAACUUGAUGUUUGGUUGGUUUAGUUGAGAAGUGAAGACUUUUUAAUCCUCCCCUCUCUUCCUUUUAAAGUUCUUGGUGAAUAUUGGAAUUAAAACUGCAAAACCUAGAAGGAGAAGGAGUUUCUUUUGUUUUUUUCUGCUAAAAGAACGAAACUUGUAGAUUGUUUAUCAUUCAUCGUCCUCGUCAUCAUCAUCUAUAAGUACGGAAGCGAAGUUUUCCAUCAUUAAGCAUAUAGAAUGCCGGAGAAAGGAGCGAUUCUGUCUCCGGUGGCAAGCCAACUGAAUAUUCUACGGCCGAGCCAUCUGCUUCAAUGGCGGCUCGGUGCUCUUACAGCACUCGUCUUCUUCCUCAUGUUGGUCGUCUGGAGCAUUGACGGUUGCUCGAUCCAAAGCCUCGUCGAGCCAUGGAGAUCCAAUGCAUACUUCAUUCGACUCAAUUUUUCUCCGUCUCCUUCUCCUUCUCCGUCACCAAAACCUCAUUUGGUAUCCCAGAAACCCCACCGACAAAAUCUCACCAUGAACACCACGACGGGUCCACGGAAUCUGGAUCCGAAGAAGACGAAUCUCACUUCAAACUCGACCCGGGUCCAAUACGGGUGGAUUACCGCCGAGUUGGAGAAGAAUUUCACGGCGAAUCUGAUGAGAAAUUGGUUGGCUCCGGGAGGAGCGCCGUGCAGGGAAGCUAAAACCGUCGAGAUUUCCGUUCCCGGUGUCGACGGGGUUGAUUCGGUAGAGCUAGCCGCCGGCGAGAUCCACGAAUUCAAAUUCCAAGCCCUUGACGAAUCUAAACAGCCCGUUUGCAUUGGCGGGGACUAUUUCGAAACUGACUUAUCCGGAGAAAGUUGGAAAUCUAGGCCGCCGGUGAAAGAUUUCGGCAACGGAACUUACUCGAUGUCGUUACAAGUUCAUCCUGAGUUCGCCGGAGAAUUCAACCUCACCGUCAUUUUGCUCUUCCGCCAUUACCAAGGCCUUAAGUUCAGCACCGCACGUUUAGGCUUCGACCGUAAGCUUCGAAACGUCCGAUUACGUUUCGUCGAGAAGCCUGCCAUUGCUCUGCCGGAGCUCCGAUCGUGUAAAAAAUCCGAUUUCACUCGAGACGCCUGGUCUGGAAGAUGGACCAGGCUAGGGAAAAACGACGAGUGCCAGAUCAGCAACGACGGUCGUUACCGGUGCCUCGCCGCUGACUUCCCUUGCCGGAAACCGUGGUGCGACGGAGCUGUUGGAGCCAUAGAGAGCAACGGUUGGGUUUACUCCAGCCAUUGCUCUUUCAAGCUCUUCUCCGGCGACUCGGCUUGGGAUUGCUUGAAAAACAAAUGGAUUUUCUUCUGGGGAGACUCGAACCACGUGGAUUCGAUCAGAAACAUGCUGAACUUCGUCUUGGGUCAUCGGGAGAUCCCCGCUGUUCCUAGAAGAUUCGACUUGAAGUUCUCCAACCCGAAGAACUCAUCGGAGACGGUGAGGAUCACGAGCAUCUUCAACGGUCACUGGAACGAGACAGGGAACUAUCAAGGCCUUGAUUCGCUUAAAGACCGAGACUUUAGGGAAUUGCUCAAGAAAUACUUCUCGGAGAAGAGCGUUCCGGAUGCUAUGGUCGUGAACUCGGGUCUACACGACGGGAUUCACUGGUCCAGUCUUAGAGCCUUUGAGAAAGGCGCUGAAACCGCAGCCGCGUUUUGGAGACAGGUUUUCGACGGUGUCAAAAGCAGGGGACUGCGACCGCCUGAAGUGAUUUUCAGGAACACGAUCGCUACGGGCGGUUACGCCAGAACGCUGGCGUUCAACCCGAGCAAAAUGGAGGCGUUUAACGGUGUGUUUCUUGAGAAAAUGAGGGAUGCAGGAUUGGUCACAAGCGUGGUGGAUAAUUUCGAUAUGACGUAUCCGUGGCAUUACGAUAACCGGUGCAACGACGGCGUUCAUUACGGAAGAACUCCGGCAAAAAUGCGGUGGAGGGACGGUGGGAUCGGACAUCAGUACUUUGUGGAUUUGAUGCUCGUUCACGUGUUGCUGAAUGCAUUGUGCGUGAGAUAGUGUGAUGAUCAAAGUUUGGUUUAGGAGUCCAGGAUUCUUUAUUUAUUAUGUGUAGAUUUUUUUUUUUUGGAGAGUAAAGAUUAUUAUUAUUAUUUGGAAGAAAAUCUCAGAUUACGCUGUAUAAUAAUAAUAGCGAGAGAGAGAGAUUGGGAGCAACAAAUGUGUAGUAAAACAUUUUCCCUCCUGAUUAUAAGUAGGUUUGUUGUCUCUGUUGAUUCCUCUGUUCUUAUUUCUUAUGGACUUGUAAGUAAGAACUUAAGAAUUUAGGAUUGUAGGAGUUACCAAGUGACAACGAUUCUGUCCUUGUCUCUAUCACCGAUCAAUAAUACUUGGUUUGUGUUUGGUUACGGGUGAUUGUAAUAUAUCUACAUAAUAUUGUCUCUA